AUGGGCAACAAGCCAUCUGUUAGGCGGUUGAAGGCUCUUAUUAUAUCUGCUAAGGUAGACAUGGUGGGUAUCACUGAACCAAAAGUUUCUUUCCACAAGGCUGGACGACUAAUGAAAAAGAUUGGGAUGGAUGGAGUUGUUUCCAAUGGCGAGGAUAAUGGUCACAGGCUAUGGGUGUUUUGGUGGCAAGGUGCUCAGGUCAGGGUAACGGACACUCAUGAACAGUUUAUCACCUUGGAAUGCAGGGUGGGAAAUGAGAAGGCAGUCCUUGUGUCUUUUGUACAUGCAUUAUGCUCCUCUUAUGAAAGACGGGUUCUCUGGAGUGCCUUGAUUGACCAGGGGGUGGGAGUCUCAACCCCGUGGAUUGUAUGUGGUGAUUUUAAUGCUAUUUUGAGCCCCGACGAAAAGGUGGGAGGAAGGCAAGUGUGCCCUAUUUCUUUGGAGGAUUUUGGCACUUUUGUAAAUAAUGCAGGUUUGGUGGAUGGUGGUUUUCAAGGGAACGCCUUCACCUAG